AUGAUCAACUAUAUCCUGCUUGUUUCUCGCCAAGGCAAAGUACGCCUUGCAAAAUGGUUCACGACGAUGCAGCCAAAAGCGAAGGCAAAGAUUGUCAAAGAUGUAACGCAGCUCGUUCUUGCACGGAGGACUCGCAUGUGCAACUUCCUGGAGUACAAGGACACGAAGGUCGUCUACCGCCGAUACGCCUCACUGUUCUUCGUGUGCGGUAUUGGGCAAAUGGAUAAUGAGCUCAUUACGCUCGAGAUUAUACACCGUUAUGUUGAAGUCCUGGAUCGAUACUUUGGGAACGUGUGUGAGCUGGAUUUGAUCUUCAACUUCCAGAAAGCCUAUGCUAUCCUAGACGAGCUCAUCAUUUCCGGAGAACUACAAGAGUCAUCAAAGAAAUCUGUUCUACGCGUGGUGACCCAAUCCGACUCGGUCGAAGAGCAAGAAAACAGCGAGGACACGAUGGCACGGUUGGGCUCUCGCGCACUAUGA